UCCUACCCUAGUGUCUGAUAGCCAGCAUUAACAACUUGUCGGUGGUCAUUCGCUAUAUCCCUAGCCCACGGACAGGACCGAGGCACAGACCUGAAGUGCGUGAAGUCAUGAAAUAUGUGGAGCGAAUUUUCGAUGAACUUGGACACUUUAAAAGGUUUCAGGCGUGUUUGUAUUUUGCCGCUGUGUUCCAGUCUGUCGCAUGUGGAAUCCACUACCUGGCCUCCGUGUUCUUGGUGGAGACGCCGAAGUUCCUCUGCGAAGCUCCCGACAAUGUCACCGCUGUCCUCUACGGAAACCACAGCGUGGGAGCUCUCCAGGACAUCUGGCCGUUCUUCAGUAUAGGCAACGGACCCGUUGUGGUACAGACAGUGAGUGGAGAGCAAUGGGAGUUGAGUCAGUGCAGGCGAGCCCUAAGGAUAAACAGCACGGGAUUUGAGUACCAUUUCGACGGCAGUAAGACGAUGCACUCUUGCAUGGGCAGGUUUGUCUAUGACAACAGUGAGGUCCAGCAAAGCAUAGUGAUGGACUGGGACUUGGUGUGCGAGAGGGAAUGGCUAGCCAAGCUUUGCCAGCCAACCUUUAUGCUGGGAGUCCUCAUUGGAGCCCUGGUUUUUGGUGACAUCGCUGAUAGAGUUGGAAGACGUCCAAUUUUGAUGCUUACCAGCUUUUGCCAGUUUGGAUUUGGAGUUUGUGUUGCCUUUUCAGGAAACUAUUACUUUUUUGUUGUCCUGCGAUUUCUCCUAGCCAUGGUAUCCAGCGGUUACUUGGUGGUGGUGUUCGUCUACGUGACAGAAUUCACGGGGAUCAAGGUACGCACCUGGACUUCCAUGCAUGUCCACGCAGCCUUUGCCGUAGGCAUCAUGGUGGUGGCCCUGGUGGGCUACCUGGUCCGGGUCUGGUGGAUCUACCAGAUCAUCCUCUCCCUCAGCACCUUCCCCUUCCUCUUCUUCUGCUGGAAGUUCCCCGAGACCCCCUUCUACCUGCUGGCCAAGGGCAAGUACCACGAGGCUCAGGCCCUGCUGGACAGCAUCGCCCGCUUCAACGGCCUCCCCGUCUCCUUGAAGGUGUCUGACCUCAUGGACACGGAGGAGGACGCCUCUCUGACCAAGGGUGACAAACCCGAGGAGGAGAAGCCUCAGAAGAAGCUCAGCAUCCUGGACCUGUUUGGCACCUGGAGGAUGGCAGGCAGGACGCUGACAGUGUGGGCGGUGUGGUUCAUCGGAAGCCUAGGCUACUACGUCUUCUCGCUGGGGUCCGUAAAUCUGGGUGGAAACCAGUACAUCAACCUGUUCCUGGCAGGUGCCGUGGAGCUUCCCUCUUACCUGAUUGGCUGUGCCGCUAUGGACAGGGUGGGCAGGAAGAAGACCUGCGCCCCAGCCCUGCUGCUGAGCGGCGUCGCCUGCAUGCUCAUAAUCGUUGUGCCGAAGGACAUUGAAGUGCUGGUAAUCAUCUUAAGUAUGACUGGAAAGUUUGCCAUUGCUAUUGCCUUUGGAUUAAUCUACCUGUACAGCUGUGAGCUAUACCCAACCGUCAUAAGGUCUCUGGCUGUUGGCAGUGGAAGCAUGAUGUGUCGUGUUGGGAGCGUUGUGGCUCCCUUCUGCGUGUAUCUAGCUGACAUUUGGAUCUACCUGCCACAGCUUAUUGUGGGAAUCCUGGCAUUUGUGAUUGGCGUGUUGACGCUGUUGCUGCCGGAGACGCUCGGAAAGCCGCUGACCAACACUCUUGAGGAGGCGGCGACGCUAGGAUCCAGCCACAGUGAGAAGAGCGGGCCGGAGGAGAAAGUGGAGAUGCAGCUGUGCGCUCGGCCUGAUGGGAACACAGACUGCUCAAAGGCGUGAGGAACAGGAAGACUUUCCACAGAGCAGGACUCACACAUGUGACUUUCUGUAACCACAUCCACGUUACAUAGUGAAAAAAAAAGAUCUGCAAGUGACCAGUUUGAGUGUGGCACGUUCUGGGGAGCAGCCAGUCCCCAUGGCUGCUCUGUCAUCACAUGUCGAUGAGAGGACUCUGGUAAAAUUUCCGACCCCUGACGCUGUUCACGUGCACAAGCUUGAAUCUACACUGCUGUUUGGGCUGAGCAGAAUGGUACUGUGCCGUGUCUUGUGCUAAAGUGGAUUUUUGCUCUUCUGCAGGGAGAAUUUUACACCUGUCUGACUCUUUGCCGGGGAACUUGUAUGGCCACUCAGCAGCCUCUUAAAUCACCUCUGAGAGCAUCUGUCAGUAAUACUCUGAGGCUGUGGACCCUCCAGUGAUUCAGAAACUGCUACCAAUAAACACAAAUAAAAAAGGACAGGUCCUUUAAGGUGGUGCGUGUCUGUGAGAGAGCAAGGGAGUAUAAAGGUGUGUUUCUCAAUGUCUGUGCUCAUGCUGGUUAUUUGGGGCUGAUGCAAUUUAGUCCUUAGUGUGCCAUUUUGUAUUCAAAGUUAUCAGAAUAAUAGGACCAGAUAAUGGUGAAAGUCGCACAA